GGAGCGCCCCGGACCAUGAGCCGGCUCUACGGCGGCCCCCUGCCCUCCGCCCUGGGGGGCUCGCCCGUGGUCUACCUCUACGGGGCCGAGCGCGGGGGUCUCCCCGGGGGUCUCGGCUUCGCCCCGACGGGCGUCCUGGCGCGGCCGCCGCAGGAGCCGCCGCAGAAGCCCCCCUACAGCUACAUCGCCCUGAUCGCCAUGGCCAUCCAGGAGGCCCCCGAGCGGAAGGUGACCCUCAACGGCAUCUACCAGUACAUCCUGGCCCGCUUCCCCUUCUACCACGACAACAAGCAGGGCUGGCAGAACUCCAUCCGCCACAACCUCUCGCUCAACGACUGCUUCGUCAAGGUGCCCCGCGAGAAGGGGCGGCCGGGCAAGGGCAGCUACUGGACCCUCGACCCCCGCUGCACCGACAUGUUCGAGAACGGCAACUACCGGCGCAGGAAGAGGAAGCCCCGCGCCGCCGGGGGCCCCGUCGGAGGAGAGGAGGCCGAGGAGGCGGCCGGGGAGCCCCCCAAGAGGCUCCGGGAGAGCCCGGGGCGCAGCGCCGACGACCGAGCCCGGGGGGAGGGAAGCCGCCCGCCCGCCCCGUCCGCUUGCGCGCCCCCGCCGAGCCGCGCGCAGCUCCUCGACGGAGGCGCUUCGGGGCGCGCGGCUGGCCGGGACCCCUCCCGGGCGGACCCCCAGGGCCCGGGCAGCGCCGCCAAGCCCCAGAGCUUCAGCAUAGACAGCAUCCUAGCCAAGAAAGCCCUCCGCAGGCCGGCCAAGGGCGAGAGAGGCGUCUCCAAAGGGGACGGCCUCUCCGACGGCGGCCCGCUCGACGCCCGCCCGGCUUUCAACGCCUCGCUGGUGCUGGAUUCCCACGUCCAAGGGCGCUUUUGCCAGCUGGGGAUCCCGUUCCUGUCCUACUUGCCUCUCCGCUUUCCAGAGACGGUGCUUCACUUCCAGUAG